AAAAUAACUUGAUUACACACAAACGUAUUCAUACUAGAGAGAAGUCUUACCACUGUGAUGUCUGCAGCACAUCAUUCUCUGACCAAAGUGCCUUAAAGUCUUAUAUACAAAGUGUUCAUACAGGGGAGAAGCCAUUUCACUGUAACGGUGAUAAUGAUGAUGAUUUGUGAGAAAUCUUUCUCUAAAAACAUUAGCUUGACUACACACAAACAUUCAUACAGGAGAGAAACCUUAUCAUUGUGAUGUCUGUUUUAUGUCAUUCUCUCAUCAAAGUGCUUUUAAUUCACACAUGCGUUUCCAUACGGGGAAGAAGCCAUUUCACUGUGACAUCUGUAGUAAAUCAUUCUUUCAAAAAUGUGACUUGCAUAGACACAAACGUCUUCAUACAGGAGAGAAGCCUUAUCACUGUGAUGUCUGUGGUACAUCAUUCUCUGACCGAAGCGCUUUAAAUUCUCACAUACGUGUUUAUACAGGGGAAAAGCCGUUUCACUGUGAAUUCUGUGGCAAGUCAUUCUCCGAAAGUGCUACAUUGACUAGACAUACACGUAUUCAUACAGGAGAGAAGCCAUAUCAUUGUGAUAUCUGUGGUACAUCAUUCUCUCAGCAAAGUGCCUUAAAUUGUCACAUUUGUGGCAGUAUUUUUUCAACUAGAAAAUUUUCAAAGAUUUUACACUGUUACAUUACAAGUAAACAUUUUCAUUUCCAGAAUAUAAAAUAA